UGUGUAUGUGAAUAGGGGAUUAGCAUGAUAAUGGGUGUGAGUGCUGGAAGGCCUUCUGUCUCUCUGCAGCUCUGCUCCUCUACACGCCUCUCUGCAGCUCAGCUCGCCUCUCCUCCUCUCUCACCGUCACCUCCCUCUUCUUCAUCCUCAUCAUCCUCUCUUCUUCCUCCCGGCAGAGACGACAUGGAGAACAACCACACGUUCAUGUACUUUGCUUACGGCAGCAACCUGCUGAAGGAGCGGCUGCAGCUGAAGAACCCGUCUGCUAUUGUCCACUGCGUCGCCAGACUCAAGGACUACAAACUGGAGUUUGGUAACUACAAAGGCCUGGCCAGUGACCGGUGGCACGGCGGAGUGGCCACCAUCGAGCACAGCCCUGGGGACGAGGUGUGGGGCGUGGUGUGGAGGAUGAACAUGUCCGAUCUGGAGUCUCUGGACAGUCAGGAGAAUGUGUUGCUGGGUGCGUACACGCCCGUGGAGCUGUCAGUGAAGGAUAAAGAUGAGGACCUGAACUGUCGGACGUACAUCAUGAACAGCUGUGUGUACGCUCCUCCCUCCCCUCAGUACCUGCAGGUGAUGGUGAUGGGAGCAGAGCAGAACAGUCUGCCUAAGAACUACCAGAAGAAGCUGAGAGCCAUCAAGACCAACAUGUACGAGGGUCCUCUGCCCAUGAUGGCUGAACUGGACCGGGCCAGGAGAGCCAAAGAGAGGGACCUUCGAGACUACCAGGACUGCGACAUGAGCAGGAACCAGGUCCUUCUCCUAUAAGAGAGACCGUACGACAUCGUGUUAACCCAGGACGAAAGAUCUGACCCGAGAGCUGAUAUAAAUGACAGACGCAGGAAGACCAGCAGAGACCUUAUGAGGCCGACGAUCACCAAGAGGAGUCGUGAGACAGAAUCAUGUUGAGUCCAAACUCAGGUCAUGUUUUAACGAUUAAUAUAUAUUUAAUCCUUAUCUCUCACUCACACUUAAAUAAAGUUGUACUUAAAUAUCCGCCCCUAAAACAUCUCCUCACAUCACACCAGCAGACUGUGCAGAAUAUUUUCAUACUCAUGGUCGUAAACACGUUAAAAGCUUCCUUAAAGGUUAAAAUGUGACUUUAAAUCAGUGGCUGUAAUUUGUUGUGAUGGAAACAUUAAAGACUGUUUCUGUGAUGCUC